CAUCUGUCUAAAGUCUAAACUACUUUAGUUAUCCAACAUUAACACAUGUGUUUCCAUCUUAUGAGUUAAUCAAAAUUAACAAAUUAUUUAAGGAUAUUUAUAUUGAGAUCUCAUUUAUAUUUCAUUACUAAUAUGUCACUCUGCUUUUAUAAGUGAGGCAAUGAACUUAUAUAAUAAGAAUGAUAAAACAUUUUUUUUUUACCAAAAGAAAAAACACCAUUACGUCAUUUGGACCCCUCCAUGCUUCUUCCAUAUUUUUGCUGAUAUUCAGCUCUGAAGAUUUCCAUGACUGAAAUCUGAUUUUGUGUAUCAAACAUGUAUUUAUAACCAAUCAUUUAUUAUUCUUGACGUAUUUUCAAAUAUUUGAAAUCACUCAAUGUCAAGUCAGCCGUCUUAGCUCAGUGGUAGAGCGCGUGACUUUUAAUCCCGUGGCCGUGGGUUCGAUCCCCACAGACGGCGUUGAUGUAGUUUUCAUACCAGCUUUGCUUUUUGUUUCAUAAGCUUGGCAUUUCGUCGAAUAACUUAUCUGCAUAUGGAACUCUUCACAGAAUCGUGUAUGAUGCAUAGAUUUGUUACUUGCUAUGUUAAUGUGCCCUUUUGUGUAGUUGCAAGAUAUGAAGAUGAAUGAGGCAUCUGAAAACGUUGCUGUGGAAUUGGCUGCACAAGGAGUUUAUAGGGAAAAGGGUUGAUCUAAUGGAGUCAGGGGUUUAUGAUGGCUCUUGAUUACAUGAUUCAACUUGCUGACAAAAACCAAGACGAUAAGGUAAACCAGGAGUGAGAGACCUGUGUUUUGUAACUCGGAUUGCUUUGCUAUGUAAUGUAGCAGUCUCUUACAUAUGUUCACUGGAUUUAAAUGCUGUUGUUAUGUUAAAGGAGACAAGAGCUGCUGCGUAGAGUAGCUGCAGGUGGUGGGGCUUUUGAAAGUAAGGACGGUAAUAAACUUCAUUUACCCGGAGGAAAUCUGAAUGACAUAGCUAAUCAAGCUGGUGAUUUGUUAGAGGUACAGUAUUGUGUUUAGUUUGGUAUAUAUGUUUGUUUCGAGAUCACAUGUAUAAGUCUGAGGAAUUUUUGCAGACUAUGGAAACAAGGCCAGUUGUUCCUGAUCGAAUACUACUAGCGAGGCUUGUUUCACGGAACAUGAUGGGAGGAGGUAUACUUGAUGAGAGAAACGACCGUGGUUUCUCCACUCUGCCUGAAUCAGAGGUGUUACUAUUGUGUCCAUCACACCAUGUUUAUGAACUUGCUGCAUUGUCAUUAAAACAGGUAAAUUUCCUAACCAAAUUGGUAGCUCUCAAACCUGGAAAGAGUGUGCAGCAAAUGACCCAGAACGUCAUGCAAGGAAAAGAUGAAGGUGCAGAUGAUCUUAGCAAUAGAGAAGAUUCUUCAACCCAAGGAAGAAGACAAAGUGGAUUAAAUGGAAGGGGAAGCGUUACAGGAAGAAAGCCGUUACCAGUAAGACCAGGAAUGUUUCUAGAGACUGUCACAAAGGUAAUGGGCAGCAUAUACUCGGGUAAUGCAUGCACAACAUCUAGAAUGGGUGAGUUCCUUAAAAAACACCAAAUAUUUGCAUACCGAGUCUAUUUUCUCUGCGUUCAUUAGAGCAUCUCCAACCCCACUCUAUUUUUCACUCUAAAAUAGAGUUUAGAAUAAAAAAUGCUCCAAUGAUACUCUAUUUAUCACUCUAUAAUAGAGUAAGCCAUUGGUUUACUCCAAAUAUAGAGUAAUUUGUUUUUUCUUUGUUCAUCACUCUAUUUUCUACUCUAAAAUAGAGUACCAUUGGAGCAAAAUCAAACUCUAUUAUAGAGUCACUCUAUUUUAGAGUAAAAAAUAGAGUAAGCCAUUGGAGAUGGUCUUAGAGCCUCUAUAUUUGUAUACAGAGUCUAUUUUCUCUGCGUUCAUUAGAGCCUCUAUAUUUGUAUUUUUGACAUGUGGUUAGGACCAAAAGACACUCCAAGUUCUUGAAGAAAUCGCGUAUUGAUAUAUUAUGAGAAAGAUUUUGCAAGUAGAGGUUCCGUCCAGAGAUGUAGUUUCACAAUAUAAUAACUGUAAUUUAGUUGGUUUAUAUUACAAAUGUUGCGGCCCAACAUUCAUUAACAUGCACAUCCAUUAAACCUCAAAACUUUAGUGUUAUUUUAAGAACCAAGAAUUACUGAUAAUUUAAAUUUUAUAAUUAGCUUAGCUAGUUGGGCAUGGGAAAGUGGAUAACAAACUAACUUUACUGUUCGACAAAAAAAAAACUAUCUUUA